GGCACACUGGAUCCUUGAGGGGUGGAACUGACCAUCCAUCAGUUAGCUAAAUUAUUUCCAAGCGUAGCACUCACUGUCACUUUUGUUUUUUCAUAUGUAUGUGUUUUAUUUUACAUGAAACGAGAUGUGGUUUAUUUAUUUACUAAGUUGGCUGUCGUUGGUGAUACAAAUAUCUUUCGUCACACUAGCAAUUGCUGCUGGCCUGUAUUAUUUGGCAGAACUAAUAGAAGAAUACACAGUUGCCACUAGUCGAAUAAUAAAGUACAUGAUACUGUUCUCCACAGGCGUGCUGUCGGGGCUGUACCUGUUUGAAGGCUUCCCAUGGCUGAUGAUGGGCUGUGGUCUCUUCACCAACCUGGUGUACUUUGGCCUCCUGCAGACCUUCCCUUACAUACUGCUGAGCUCACCUAACUUCAUCCUCUCCUGUGUAUUGGUGGUGCUGAACCACUACAUGGCCUUCCAGUACUUUGCAGCAGAGUAUUACCCCUUCUCAGAGGUCCUUGCGUACUUCACCAUCUGUCUGUGGAUUAUCCCCUUCUCGUUCUUCGUGUCACUCUCUGCUGGGGAGAACGUGCUUCCAUCCACCAUGCAGCAAGGAGAUGACGUGGUCUCAAAUUACUUCACCAAGGGAAAGAGGGGCAAGCGGUCCGGAAUCCUGCUCAUCUUCUCAUUCCUAAAGGAGGCGGUGUUGCCUAGUCGACAGAAGAUGUACUGAUGCUCUACCUGGGGGUUUGGGUGGGGGUGGGGGGGGGAUAGAUUUGGGAAGGGACUAAAGGAGAGGUGGCGGAGGAGGAGGGAAGAAAAGGAGGAGGAAGGAGAGUGCAUCGUAGCAGAGCAGAUGAGAGCUCCCACUAUUACUACGGACUAGCAGCAGUGCGUUUUACAGGACUGAUACAUCUCUCUUACUCUCUCUGUGUCCGAAAUGGCACCCUAUUCCCUAUAUAGUACACUUAUAUAUAUAUAUAUAUAGUACACUAUAUAGGGUAUCCAUGUCGGUCUGUGAUGACGACUGCCAAUGAACAACUGAAGACUUCUCCCUCCCUCUCUGGCUCCUGUUCUCCAGCUACAGUAAAAGCCUCUGUAGGCUCUACUCCAACACUCUUCGGUUCUGUUUUAUAAAGGUUUGUUAAGGAAACUACGUGCUGGUGUGAGUCAUCUAGGCCGUAUUCAUUAGCGCAAAAUGGAAACGAGCGUUUCUUAUUGGACAAGUUCAUGUUGUUCCCUCUGUUUAUAGUCAGUUGUCUUCUGUUUGGUGCCUAAUGAAUAACAGCUAAGUGGAGAAGUCAGGUUGGAAGUGAGAAUGAGAACAAGGUUGGGGUAAAACUAAGCCAGAUAGGAUCUCUUGAAUGAGUCCAAAUGGCACCCUAUUUCCUACAUAGUGCACUUCUUUUGACCUGAGUCCCAUGGGCCCUGGUCAAAAGUAGUACACUAUAUAGGGAAUAGGGUACCAUUUGGGACACAACCCUUGUCUUGUCUUGUGUGCUGGGCCGUUAACUCCCUGCAAGUAUGGGGUCGCCUAUAACCCAAUGUUUGUACGUGGACCCAUAGGAAUGCAUUUUUUUGUUGUUUCUUCACUGUUCCCCAUUCAUUGACUUUAUCGUUAUAAAAUUACUUAUUCUCCUGAACUGUUUAAAAGAAGAAAAAAAACUUAAAUAAUAUAUAAGUGAUUUUUUUUUUGGGGGGGGGGGGGGGGGGGGUAUCAAUUGAUAGAAAAAACUGAACAAACAAACAUUCCCACAAAUACUUGUGCAAUGAUUUCUGUAUGCCUGUUAUGGCUGAAUCUGGGUUUGUUUAGAGGGAGGAACUGAUCAUGUGAUUAUUAAAGAGGCAGUACAUGGUGUGAGACUCAUCACUGAUUGGUUGUUUGGAAGAUGCAUGGUAUAAGACUGAUUAGCUGUGAGGCAGGGUACAGUGCCUUCAGAAAAUAUUCACACCCCUUGACUUUUUACACAUUUUGUCGUUCUGCAGCCUGAAUUUAAAAUGAGUUAAAUAGAGAUUUGGAAUUAGCUUUUGAGAUGUUUUACAAAUGUAAUAAAA